GGCGGGAGGAGGAACCGGAAGUUGUAUAUUUCUUCACUGUUUAUUUGUGCUCGAGUGAGAAAUUUGGAGCAGAAGCGUCAACACUGAUUUUCUGUGGGAUAGACGGACAGGGCAACGAUGCCGCACUCCAGACGGUACCCAUCCUCGGAGAGGGCCAGCCACAGCAGCUACCAGGAUCGAUUUCGGGAGCGAGACCGAGGGAGAAAACCUCGACAUCGCCGCUCGCCCUCAUUCUCCUCCAGUAGUGAACGUGAGAGGAGAGGGAGAGGACACAGGCAGGAGGCCUGCUAUGCACGAUCAAGGAGCUACGACAACCGCUCUUCAGACCGCAGGCCAUACGACAGACGCUACACCGAGAGCUAUCGUCGACAGGAUCACAGCCGGGUUCGGGACAGGGAUCGUGACGGGGAACACGGGACGCCAAGGAACCACUACUCCCACGACGCAUCACCCAGCUACGACUACCGCCGGGGCCGUGAUCGACGCGAGGACUCCUACCGGAGGAAAGGCAGCAGGCGUAAGCACAAACGAAGGAGGCGUAGAACCAGGUCCUAUAGCCCAUCCUCCUCGCGGAGUGACAGCGGGACGCGGGCUCUAUGUGUGAGGGACGACGAGGAGGGUCACCUGAUCUGUCGGAGUGGCGACGUCCUGCAAGAGAGAUAUGAGAUCGUCAGCACUUUGGGCGAGGGCACCUUCGGGAGGGUGAUGCAAUGUAUUGAUCAUCGCAGGGGCAGAGCUCAUGUCGCUCUGAAGAUCAUCAAAAACGUGGAGAAGUACAAAGAGGCUGCACGGCUGGAGAUCAAUGUACUGGAAAGAAUCAAUGAAAAGGAUCCUGAGAAUAAAAAUCUUUGUGUGCAGAUGUUUGACUGGUUCGAUUAUCAUGGCCAUAUGUGUAUCAGUUUUGAGCUGCUUGCCCUCAGCACUUUUGACUUCCUCAAAGAAAACAAUUACCUGCCGUACUCCAUCAGCCAAGUGCGUCACAUGGGUUACCAAAUUUGCCUGGCUAUUAAAUUUUUACACGAAAACAAACUGACCCACACAGACCUGAAACCAGAAAACAUCCUCUUUGUCAACUCUGACUUUACAAUCACGUACAAUGUGGAGAAGAAGCGAGACGAGCGUACUGUGAAGAGCACAGCAGUGAGGAUGGUGGAUUUUGGCAGUGCUACAUUUGACCAUGAGCACCACAGCACCAUUGUCUCAACCCGGCACUACAGAGCACCAGAAGUUCUUCUGGAAUUGGGUUGGAGUCAGCCAUGCGACGUGUGGAGUAUUGGCUGCAUCCUCUUUGAGUACUACCUCGGCUUCACUCUUUUCCAGACUCAUGACAAUAGGGAGCAUUUAGCCAUGAUGGAAAGAAUUUUGGGCCCUGUUCCUUCCCGGAUGAUUCGUAAGACUAGGAAACAGAAAUAUUUUUACCGUGGGCGCCUGGAUUGGGACGAGAACUCCUCAGCAGGAAGAUACGUCAGAGAAAACUGCAAACCUUUACGGAGAUAUCUUCUAUCUGAAGCGGACGAGCAUCACCAGAUGUUUGAUCUGAUCGAGGCCAUGCUGGAGUACGAGCCAGCGAAGCGCAUCUCUCUCGCUGCAGCCCUGAGACAUCCUUUCUUCCAGUGCAACAUCAGCACCACUGACCAGACCACCAGUAAGAGCUGGGAGGGAAACCGCGACAUCAGUCGGUGACGCUAAUAAACAUAACGUCUCUAUCUUGCGCCAAAAAUCCCUGAGGACUCAAAUGCCAAGAGAGUUGGAGCUGAACUGACAUUAAACAAAGUUUUAUAGUUCAAGAGAAAUAAACGGUUCGACUUACAUAAUUCUGCAUUUCUUAAUCAUCUUCCUAUAAUCUGAGAACAACCUCCUGUGCGUAAGAAGAUCCCAUAAACUUGUAUUCUUGUAACCAAUAUUUAUUUGGACAUUUUGUUGGAUUAUUGAAAUACUACAUCCUCUUCGGCAGGAGUUCAGUUCUUCCAGUGAACAGCGGGUUUUGGCUAAUGAUUCCUUCGGACCGCCAUACGCUGAUGGACAGUGGUUCAAAUCAUGGCAUUAGUCUUACACCUUUUAUUCAGAAAAUAAUGGACAGCCCAUUAAAGCAAGCGUUAUAACUGUUACGAGAAGUUAUUUAUUGGGCAGUUGUGUGCAUUUUAGCCCUUAGCUGAUGAAAAAAUUGGGAAUGCAUUACAGCACUCUUUGUAUUCAGUUACUCAAACCAAGUUAUGGAGCACACGUUGUUCUGGUGCUUCUGUCCUUCACAGCACAUGUUUACAGUAUUUAGUUCUAAAUGUCUCUCCUUUUGUGUCUUUGUAAGAAAUUGAUUGUAUAAAUGUGUAAAUAUGAAUAAAUAUAUGUUGUGACUAGAAUAAAGGCCCUUUCUGCCUGCCUGCUGUGAACAUGUUUUCAUGGCAUCUCCCCAGGCUAAAUGCUUUUACAAUCA